UUUAUGCAGCAACCAUAUCAAGAAAAUAAAGAGGAAUUAGUAGCAAAUAUAAUCUUAUUGGUAGUACUAAUGAGGGAGGAAGUGGAGAAUCGGAAAGAUUUUAUAAAAGAAAUGUGGUAUUUCAGAGAGAAGAAGCUCAAGCAAACACAAACAAAGGAGGAAUAAAAGAAGCAAGGGAGCCGUUUCAAAGGCAUAUCCCACCCACUACUACUACUACUUUGUGUUGUUUCACUCCUGCCCGUAUUAUUGACUCCACGAACGUGAUUAUUCUUGACAAAUGUCAUUUAUUGAAUUUGAAAGCGCAAGAGAAAAGGAGAAGAAGCGUCAGUGGGAACGAGAAGCGAGACAGGCCAUUCUCGAAAAGGCAAAAAGUAAAUAUGAGGCUGAUAAACUUAAGGAUGACGCGAGGCGACAGAGAGGAGAACAUGAGUGGAUGUUGCCAUCUGUUAAAGAAAAGAUAGAAUCUGAUGCCCAAGAGAAGAAACACAAGAAGAAGAAAAAGAAGGAAAAGAAAAAGAAAAAGAAGGCAGCAAAAGAGAAACAUUCAUCGACAAGUUGUGAAAGUGAUGAAAAUGAAAUGUGGGUGGAAAAACCAUCUGCAUCUAUUCCUGUUAAAUCUGCUGAGCAUCCCCCUUGUGAACAACUUAAAGUUUCUCAAGAAACAUCCAAGCGUGAUGGAUGGAUGGAGAUGACCUCAUUGUUUAAGACAUACUCAAGAGAUGAGAUAAAGGAGAUGGAUGGUACAUCAAGAAAGAAGGAAAAAGAAGAAGAAAGACGACGUAAACAGGAAGCAGAUAAACCAGGGUCACAUGCACGUGAGCUUAAUCCUUACUAUAAGAACGGGGGUUGUGGAUUACCAGAAGAAAAUCAGCUGGUUAAUAGAUCAUCUUCUCCAGCUGUUGGAUUAGAUGCCACAUGGUUGCGGAAAGCCUUGCAACGAGCUACAGAGCAAGCCCAGUUGGAAAAUAAAACUUUGGAAGAAAUAGCUGCUCAGAGAUGGGGGUCUCUUGAGAAGUUCAAUGAGUUGUUGGCAGAGGCUGAAGGAAGAGAAGCAAAUAGUAGAAGAAGCUCUUGGUCUCGAAAGAGUGAAGAAUGGAAAGGAAGAGGCCAAGUUAGGGAUAAAGAUUAUACAAGUAGAGAGAAAAGAUCUAGAGAAAACAGAAGUAGAAGUAGAGAAAGAUGGAGUAAAAACAGAGACAGAAGGAGCAGAAGUAGAAGUAAGGAAAUGGGAAAGAGCAGUAACAGAAGGAGUAGAAGUAAAGAUAGGAGAGAUAGAAGUCAAGAAAGGAAAAGAAGUUCAAGUAGGGGAGGAAGUGAAAGUAAAGAGUGGAAUAGAAGCAAGGAAAAAAAGAAUCGUGGGAGAAAGCACAGCAGCAGUAGUAGCAGUAGUAAUGAUAGCAGGAAUAGCAAACUCAAAGAUGUUAGCAGGGAGGAGCACACCAACAGAAAUGAAACAUAUAGACAGCCACCAACAGAGAGCAAGCUUAAAUCUGUAUCAGGAUUAAUGAAACCUGCAGAUGUAAGCUGUGCUGGUCAAGGAUCUUCUGUAUUAGCAAGAAAGUUUCAAAAGCCUGGAGAAGAACCAGAACGAAGGUCAAGUUCUAACAUUAGUAACCGAAUGCCAUCAGGCAGCAGCCAAGGCUGGAAAAGGAGGGAGUAUGCUCAAGAGCAACAAAAACGCCUGGAUAUAUCAAAACAGGAAUCUUCAUCUUCAUCAGACUCAGAAACAUCAGAUGAGGAAUCAGUCCACAACAAGUCCUUGCAGGAAGAAUCUUUAGAACUUGUUGAAAAGCCUGAGACCAAGUUCUUACUGACUGAUAAGGAAAUGAAUGAAUUGGCAGCAAAAAUCAUGAAAGCAGAACUUGUUGGAAAUGAUACUCUUGCAAGUAAACUUAAAAAGAAACUGGAAGCUGCCAGAAGUACCAGAGCUAGCCCAUCUAUAGAUAGUAAGAAUCAUAGAGAGGAAUCUGGUUCCCAUGAAGAAUUUGUUGUUUUAACUCGAACGGAUGCAAGAGGUUUUACUAGGCCUGUGAACUUCAAGGAAUCUGAAAGUGAAAGAAAGAAAGAGGGAAAGAUGAAAACACAUGGAAAAGAUGGAAAAAGAGUGAGAUAUUUUCCUGAUGAUGAUAAAUAUGAUCUUAAGCAAAUGUUUGAGGCUGAAAAGGGUACAACCGCAGAAGAUCAAAAUGCAAUGUUCAGUCGAGCAGCCAUGAAGAAUACAGAAAGGCUAGAUGAUGAUUAUGAUAUGGAUGACAUGUUUAUGAGCAAAGCUGUUAAGAAGGAAGAUGCAGCCAAACAGGCAGAGAGGGACAAAAAGAAAGCAGUUCAGGAGCAUCAACGAUCGCAACGUUCUCUAGAAUCCUGUCAGUGGUGUUUUGAGAACAAGGAAAUGACCAAGCAUCUCAUUGUUGCUCUUGGAUCAAAAGCAUAUGUUUGUUUGCCUCCUCAUGAAUCUCUUACUUCUGGGCACUGUCUUAUUGUGCCAAUUCAUCAUGUGAUGUGUUCAGUUCAGGCUGAUGAGGACUUAUGGAGUGAAAUUCAGAGCUUCCGUAGGUCACUCGUUACAAUGUUUAAUUCAAGGGGUGAGGACUGUAUAUUCUUCGAAACUGCUAAAAGAUUCCGUAACUACCCACAUAUGGUGAUCCACUGUGUUCCUCUCCCCAAAGAAAUAGGAGAUAUGGCCCCAGUUUACUUUAAGAAAGCUAUAAUGGAGUGUGAAACAGAAUGGGCCCAGAACAAAAAGUUAGUUGAUCUCAAGAACAGGAAUGUACGGAAAGCUGUUCCAAAAGGUUUACCAUAUUUCUUUAUUGAUUUUGCCAUGGAUCCAGGAUAUGCUCAUGUGAUUGAAGAUGAGCAAGAUUUUCCCAAUAACUUUGCCCAGGAAAUUGUUGGUGGUAUGUUAGACCUGGAACCUAACAUGUGGCGUAAACCACGCAAAGAAAAUUUUGAAGUUCAGCGAAGAAAGGUUAUGGAGUUCAGCCGAUUUUACAAAGAGUUUGACAUAACCCAGGAUGAAAAGUAAUGUACUAAAUUUUACAGAUGUACAUUUGUCUGAAUUAAAUUUUAUACAUGUACUAAAAAAUACAAAGGUGGUGUAUAAAUGACCUUAAAAUCA